AUGAUUGAUCCAAAAGCCAUUGAUACGGUGCUGGACAUCUUUGUCCCUGCAAUCCAAGCUCAUCGGAAGAACUCUUCAAGGCCAUUCGUUCUAGGCCUUUCUGGCCUUCAGGGCAGUGGCAAAUCGACAUGGGCUGCAGCUCUUUCACAAGCCCUCACGAAUCAACACCAUCUCAAGACUCGCAUGAUAUCACUGGAUGAUCUCUAUCAUGACCACCCAGAACUUGUGGCCCUUCGAGAAGCGAACCCAGAUAAUGGUCUUCUCCAAACUCGUGGCCAACCUGGAACUCACGACGAAGUCCUGGCGAAGGACUUCUUCGACCAAGUACUUGGACGUGUUGAGAGUGAUAAGAAGGUUGUCAAAUGGCCAGCUUUUGACAAGAGCCUUCAUAGUGGUCAGGGCGGAAGGGUUCCCGUUGAGAAAUGGGAAGAAGUUCAACUGGAUAAAGGCCUUGAUGUUUUGAUCUUUGAGGGCUGGGCACUUGGCUUCAAACCCUUGACUGCCGAGGAAGUCAAGAGGAAGUGGGAGAAAGCUAAAGCCUCAGAGGCACAGCAGUCUGAAGAAUGGGCCCUUACGAACACGCUGGCGAGUCACAAUCUAAGCCAUCUUCUGCUCAUCAAUGAGAACUUGAGAAGAUAUUGCGAGACAUUCGCUGGACCACAGCACUUUGAUGGGUUUCUACAUCUGAGUACAGAUAAACUCGUGCAGGUCUACGAAUGGAGGCUAGGUCAGGAGAGGGCGUUGAGACAGCACAAGCCGGGCAUGACGGAUGAGCAGGUUAUCAAGUUUGUGAAGGGAUACAUGCCGGCUUAUGAGCUAUUCCUUGAGCGUCUCCAGAGCGAGAACUUUUUCAAGGGUGAGGGAUCAAGUGAGAAGAAGCAUAUAAAAGUGGUAUUAGAUAAGGACAGGAAGGUAACUCAAGUGAAGGAGGUAUAA